AUGUACUGGAUUAGAGUCUGGAACGCUGAACUCAUCUUCAACUUUCAACAUCCAGUCCGAAGCUUCAAUGAUGCCAUUGAAUGGGUUAUUCUCGCAAUAUUCAUUGUCAAGCGGCCUGAAGAAGAAAGUGAAGAUGAUUCCGUCGGAGAAAGCAAGUCGUAUGCUCUCACCGACAGACGCGAGAGUAUCGAGAGAAAUAUUCAGGGGAAGUGA